AUGGACAAGCUGCACGAGACAUUGAUCAACAUGGAAGAUGCUCUGGCUUCGGAACACCCCGCCUGCUUGUCAGCCUGGGACUGGAAAAGCUCCGCUGGGCCUUUCGAGCUGCACCCCAUCUCGCCCCCGCACAGCCUGUCCCCGACGCCCUCCUUCGAAUCCUACUCCUCGUCCCCGUGCCCGGCGGCGGCCGAGACCCCCUACAGCAGCGGCGGCGGCGGCAGCGGCCUGGCGGGGUACGGCCUGGUGGAGUUCCCCGCCGCCUACCUGCCCAGCCCCGGGCAGGCCCGGCUGCCCAAGGGCACCAAGGUGCGGAUGUCGGCCCAGCGGCGCAGGAAGGCCAGCGAGCGGGAGAAGCUGCGCAUGAGGACCUUGGCGGACGCGCUGCACACGCUGCGCAAUUACCUGCCCCCCAUCUACAGCCAGCGGGGCCAGCCCCUCACCAAGAUCCAGACCCUGAAGUACACCAUCAAGUACAUCGGCGAACUCACCGAGCUCCUCAACAGCGUCAAGCGGGCGUAG